UCAGCGCAUAGAGCUCGAAGCGCUCGGAUGUAGUGAAAUAAAAAACAUCUGUGAUACAUUAAUAUACUAUAGUGCAUUUGUAACUAUUGACCGAGACAUUUCAAUUGACUUGCAACAUAAAUUACUUAAUUCAAAAAAAAUUGCGAAUCUCAAAUCAAUCGAAAGGCAUCCGACAGAGCAGUAAUAUGGGCGAAAAGAAUGUGGAAAAUGUGAAUCAUGAUAAAGUAAAAGACAUCGAAACGGAAAGCGAUGGUAACUCGAUAAGUACAACGCCGGCAACAUCUUGUGGUCCAAAUGAUGAGCCUGCAGACUUUGAUAAGGCCAUCACAUCCGCAGGCUUUGGCCGCUUCAAUCUGAUUCUGUUGAUUAUCGCGAUUCCAGCUACCUGUGCAAACAUGUUUGAGUCGACGACAAUGUCGUAUAUAUUGCCUAUAGCCGAGUGCGAUCUCCAUUUGACGUUGACCGAUAAGGGCAUAUUAAAUGCUUGCGCAUAUGCGGGCAUGAUCGUUUCAGCCAUACCCUGGGGCUAUUUGGCCGACACGAAGGGUCGUCGCGUGGUGCUGCUCUAUGGGUAUUUGUUAACCUCGAUUUGUGUAUUUGGUAGCGCACUGAGUCAGAAUUUCAUAAUGUUGGUGACGUUCAAGUUUUUUGGUGGUCUCAUUGUCAACGGCCCUGCAGCGGUGCUCUAUUCCUAUCUGUCAGAGAUGCACGGGCCCAAGCACCGAAGUCACGUUCUGAUGAUUGUGGGUAUGAUUGUGAGUGCUGCAACGUUGUUGCUGCCUAUACUGGCCUGGCUUACUUUUCCGCAGCCCUGGGAUUUUGUACUCUUUGACAGUCUCGACAUUCACAGCUGGCAAGUCUUUUUGCUGAUUUGCGGCGUGCCCAGCUUAUUAAGUGGCGUCAUUAUGUGCGUAAUGCCAGAGAGUCCCAGAUUUUUAAUGGGUCAGGGGCGCAAUUCAGAGGCUUUGCUGGUCCUGCAAAAGAUCUAUCAGAUAAAUACUGGCCAGCCGAAGGAUAACUAUCCCGUGAAAACGCUUGUUUUGGAAGUACCCGAUCGUGUUGCCCAGAAGGACGAGGCUAUUUACACAGUGGAGGAGAAGCCCGAGGUCCAAAAAAACAGCUCUUCGCGCAGCCUACUGGAGAGCUUGCGCGCCGGCAUGCAACAGAUCCAGCCCAUGUUUCACAAGCCACUGUUGAGCCUCUCGCUGCGUUGCUAUAUUAUGCAGUUCUGCAUGUUUCUGGGCAUGAACACCAUUCGGCUCUGGCUCCCCCAACUCUUUUCCUCGAUGGCCGAUUAUGAGGCACUGCAUCUGAAUGAUGAUGCAUCGGCCACCAUGUGCACCAUACUUGAUUUCAGUGUUAAUCAAACUGCCGAGACGUUCACGAACUAUCAGACUGCAUGUGCUGAGCCUCAAACUAUAUCUAUAGAUAUGUAUUUUAACAAUAUCAUCGUCUCUGUUUGUGGAUUCGGUGGAUAUUUCUUUGCUGCCGCUAUAAUGCGUAUAGCAGGUGCCAAGCGUCUGUUAACAUAUGGUCUGUUCAUCUCCGGAUUCCUCGGCAUAGGGCUAUAUUGGUCCGUUAAUAGUGUUAUGACAAUCGCCUUGUCCGCUUCCUAUGUCACUGUGGGCGGAAUUGCUGUCUCCUCUCUUCUUGGCGCUGUUGUUUCGCUCUUUCCCACGCGACUUCGCUCCUUGGUGGUGGCUAUUGCCAUGAUGUGUGGUCGAUUGGGCGCCCUCUCUGGCAAUCUUCUCUUUCCGCUUUUAAUACAGAUAGGCUGUGUGCCGCCAUUUGCGAUGGUCGGAUUUGUCAUGCUGCUUGCUGCCGUGCUGUCAAUUUUCAUUCCCAAUCCAACAAAAGCGGCUUUCGCCUAACUAUUUUUACCAAUUGCUUCUUUAAGCUUAGACAAUUACAUUUGAUACUUUGAUUGUAGCCUUUAAGCUGUAAAAAAUAU